AUGACCAACUGGAAGGAACUGGGAGAAGUCCCAGAUUCUGAGGAAGAAGAUGGAUUCGAGAGCCAGGAAUUGCCGUCCCUGCCUGAGCCUACCCCUGCGAAUGCGACCAACGACAGAGAAAAUGAGGACGAAAGGGAAGAACACAGAGAAGGGAACACGCAGAAAGAGCAGGAACAGGACAUCUGGGAUGUUCCCGACUCCUCCCAAGGGCAGAAUCACCCUGCUCCUGCGACAAAGACGCCUUCACGGAUCCCCGAUACGACGCCAAGACCAGAAGAUGCAGUCGACUUGAUCUCUGAUCCAGUAUCUCCACUGUCUUCGCCUCUAUCGUCCAUACACUCCGAUGUCGACCUGCUUGAUAUCGACCCUCUCAGCCUUGAACACCCACCGAUAGAUACCGAUUCUCACCCCCCGAAUGACGACCAAAUAUCGAGAAGCUAUGUCGAGCGUUCAUCGCCACCCCCUCGGCUUGUCGUCAGUCACGAGCCUGCCCACCCCUUGUCCUCUUUGCCCCAAGUGGACGACAACCAUCCCGUUAUGCCAAGCCAGGAACUGGGCCAUGAUGUUGAACAUGAGACGGCUCGCCAAACCGCUGUUCGCUACGAGCGAUCUCUGCGGCCCCGGAAACCGAUUCAAGAGCGACCCUACGCCAUUGAGAUGUCAUACUACUCCAACAUUCUCAAGAAACAUGGUGUUCGUCCCCUUAGACUUGCCCUCGAAGGAGAGAAGCGACGCCGACAGCUGGCCGAGGAGGCUUCGCAAGACAAGGAUUUCGAGGAUGACAGCCAGGAGUCACAGCUCCCAGAUGUAUCUGACGAGAGUCAGCUGAAAGGGCUGGAAGACUUUCUGGAUGGCUUGGGUAGUCUCAACAUACCCUCACCCUCACCUCCCAAGACAUCACCCCUGAACGACCGCGCUGGGCUUAGUAGCCAGGCGAGCUCGACAGGAGAAACCGAGAACACAAGCUUGGCUGGUGACGAUCUUCCAAGCCUGAAAGACCUCCUGAGGCGUCCCCCGAUCUCAGUUACAAAGCAGCGUACAAAGAGAAAGUCCUCUCCUCUCCGAUCAUCAACGCGAAAGCGUAAGAGAUACGAUGUUGUUGACAGCGACCCCCUUGAGCCUGCAUCAGCUCUCAGGUUGGUACCGGGGACUACAGACUCUCCUGCUGCACAGCGCAGCUCGAGACGAAGUGGCGAGGACCCUCAGCACGAUCUUCAAACCCCCACAUCGUUGCCUGCAGACCAACCCUCCCAACAACCUGCGACACGCCUCUUCAGACGGCCUGCCUUGCUCAUUCCAAGCGACUCUGAAGAUGAACUUGCCCAACCAGACACUAGUGUUCAGCCAGAUGACGAAGAUUCUGUAUCGGAGACGGAAUCUAAGAGCGGCUCCGAGAGCGGCUCAGAACUCGUGAACACCGUGGGACGCCGAAUCAGGGGCGUCCUUCCAGCAUCAUGGCUUCGUCUGGAUCAGCAAGCUGGCCGUGAUAAAAUUCCGAAACCAACACAAAAUCGCCCAGUCCACCAUUCUCCGGAGCGAGAGAUCCGGCGUGGUGUGGCACAGAGACGAAUCGCCUCCCCGCAUACUUCCACAGCCCCCCAAAUCUUCUUCGAAGACUCUGAUGACGAAGCCCCUGCUCCACCACCAGAAACCACCGAUGAUGUGUUCCACAACCAGACACGGCUUGUUCUUGAAGAGGAGCCGAUGGUUCUUGUUCCAGAGGAACUCUCUGACGAUGGGGCCUCGGUGGUAGAGGAGGACCACAUCGACCCCAUGUUUACUGGAAGAAAACGACAGUUGAAGCUCUCGGAAUCCUUUGGUGCAUCGCAAAAACGACCCAAGACAACACCAACGCAACGAAAGCGUGUUCCACCAAGAGGCCCCCAUCAACCUAGAAUUACUAGCAUGUUUCCUGGAUCACAGGACAGUUCUCUGCCUGCUGCUGAGCUUGUGAAGAAGUAUCGCCAGCCCACCUCACGCAAAACGUCGAAGCAUGGAAAGAAACGGACAGGGAGACAUGGAAGCAGGCCAACUGCCCCUCGGCUCAGCAUUCUCGAUGUGGUUGAGCCAGAUGCUCCCCGUUUCCUCAAGAUCGCCGCUCGGUCUGCAACUCGACGUCAGGAUAUGGGCAGGUCUAGUCCAGGCAGGAAAGUCAUCCAACUCGCCACCAGAGAGGAUCAUGUCGACGCCGUGUCUGUCUUGAACAAUUGGAGGGCAGGCUCUAUCCCUCAGCGCCCAUCAGUCACUGCGGCCCGAAAAGCCAAGAAGACAAAACCGAGGGCACCGAAACAACCCUUACGUGAAACUUCUGGAAACGGCUCGUCAACUUCAAGGCGAUUGCCUAUGCUCUCUGCAGGACCAGCCCGCCGCCUUGUAAAACAGGUCAGCCAGGCCGGCUCGGUGAGAUACCAGUCUGACAACACUGCACCACAACCUCGAAUGAAGCAGCAGCCACGCACCAAUACCAACCUUUCUCGAAGCGGUUCUGGCUUUGCACGGCCGGCUCAACUGGAAAUGGAAGAAACAGACCAGUCAAGCAGCUUUGCCUUCAGAACAACCAAGAGACGUCUUGACCAACUGUAUCGAAAACAGCGUGGUGACCUUUCGGCAUCUAGCAUCUUGACAUUCGAUAAUGCCCCUGAUACCUACUAUCCGGCGAGCCCACCCCCUGAGGACAAUCCAGUACCACUCCGCGUUGUGGAGGAACCACCCCCUGACCACAACAGGUCCCGCUUCCGGAAGAAGACGAAGCCCCAACGCAUUGAUAUUGAAGCACCCCAAUUCAGCCGUGCGAAUGAUCCUAUUCCUGUUGAGCCCAUCCCAAUCCCCGACCCUAUCCAGCCAGUCGAGGUAGAUGGAGAGAAGCUUCGGGGUCUGGGGCCAUAUGGCACCCAAUACACUCAUCACUUUGAGACCUUUCCCUUGGAUUCUCGCGUCUACUUCCAUGAGUCAACGUUGAUUGGAAGCGGUGUUUUUGAGUCAGUGUUGAACCAUCACGAACAUCUGAGUGAGCUCCGAUCACGGAUAUCAUUCAACUUUGGCGACCAGGUCCUUCGAUGGGGCCCUUGGGAUGCCCAAGUGUCCUCAGAGCUUGGCGUUCUUCUUGACUCGAUCGCUGAUCAGCUGGAGCGUAUCACGAUAGAAGGAGACCCUCCAGACUCUACGUUCGUUCUAGGCGCGGCCAGAUUCAUCUUGAAAUUCAUGAUGGAGUCACUUAGCCUCACUGAACAAUCAAGUGCCAAAUCAUUUGGCUGCCGAACGCUCGAGGUGUUUGGUGGAUUCAACAACCGCAUCAAAGCCCUCCUGGGACGUCAUGAUGGCACCACACAACCUCGGUAUUCUCUAAUUGCAAGCGUCUAUGAUCAAUUGAUCUUGUAUGUCCUCCUGGCUCUGAAACUUUGCCAGAACGACGCAUCUUUGGUGGGCGAGCAAUUUCAAAUGGAGGAUUUGCUCAAGGACUUGUCCAAAACCGCCAUCACGUCGCUCAUCAUAAAUGGUACGGACCAGCUCAGGCAAGCAUACAGUGAUCUUGGGAAUUCUCGGGUACGAGAUCGAGGUUUGAGGGACGAUAUGCCGGUCGUUCAUUCCUGGGUCACAGUCCUGAAGGCGCUCGAGCAAGCCCGGAUUCCUCGGUCGUCCUUCUGGGACGUCAUGUAUUCUGUCAUGGCCACCCCGGAGGCUGUUACGAGUAUCGACGCAAGCGAUCAUGAGCGUCUCUGGAAGAACAUGUUUGCUCUCCUCCCACUCACAGAGUUCAACGACAAGGGCAUCCUCAUUGCUGGCAGCAGGCAUGAUACCGCUAUUGAUGGCUGGGCACUUCCUCAGAAGCUGCUGAAGAAGGUUUUCCAAGUUUACAAGGACAAUCCUCGCCAAUCGCCCAGCUUCAACAACUACUGUCGUGCUUUGGUUGGACGCUGCCACUAUCUCGUUCAGCAAUGGGGCUGGCGCAAGUGUGUGGCGGUGAUAGGAGUCAUCUUUGACUUCUUUGGAUCGCAGAAUCUCGCCCAUCUUCGCAACGAAGAGGUGUAUCAGUCUCCAAAAUUCUUGGAAGAGCUAGGAGGCAGGCCCUCGUUGGCAGUCGAAAAGGCCGACAAGUGCUUCCAUAUCUUCUUGAAGCUCGUUGCUCUGAGCAUCAAGAAGUUGAGUGAAAUCCGGUCACUCAACGACAUCCGCAACUUGAUCGCCCGCACGAUGCCGAACCACAAUCGCCAACUCCUCAAGGAACAGACAAUCCACGAACGCGACCUGGCUGCUCUGCGAAAUCAUCACGACCUCCUUUGCACCUUGUUUUGGGCCUCCCCACCUGACCUUCGCCCAGGCGCUCACUUGAUUGAGCGGCUUGUGGCCCCCGCAACCUCUCACAAAGAGGCGUGUUUGAUCAACCUACGGGCCUGGAAUCAGCUGGCGAGGUUUAUCAUCUCAUCUGGUGAAGCAACGACCUCAUUCAAGCCGUUUAUUCAGUGGCGGAAUACCUUCUUCCAAGCCAUGAUGGCGCAGUUUGAUUCAGUGCAGUCGGACAUGCAGCAGCAAUUCUUGGCCUUGUCUAAGGAUUCGAGUAAAGCAGUCAGCCGUGAUAUGCUUGAUGCCAUGGUGGCGAUAAAUAGGGCAGCCGUGAUGGAUGUACUCCAUCUCUCUGUGACGGCCUCUUUGGAUGUCAUGAGACAUGCUCCAAAUCUGGAGGCUGCCACCUUUGCCCUGAAUACCCUCCAACUGCAGCAAGUAUUCAAACACUUUGGCACCUAUCCUCCUCAACUGGACUGGUCGAUUCUUCAAGCCUCACUUGCCACUCUGGAGAUCUUCCUGUCUCGUGUCGACGAGUUCAAGGAUGAUGAGGAAAGCCAACAGAGUGAGAGUCAGAUCCUGAACUCGGCACAGGCGGACGAUGCCAUCCUGGUACUCGACCAUGACCUGUCAAGCAGCUACUUUUCAAUGGCAAGAUGCAUUCUCUCUUCUCCCGAAGAGGGCCAAUUGUCCUACAAUGCAGCCAUUGAAAAAUCACAGUGUACUGAGCAGGUCACUACUCUAUCAGCAAGACUUGCAAUGCGGUUCAUCAACGGCGGCCUCCUUCGGCUUUCAGACAUGUUCAAGUAUGGAAAGUAUGGUCUAUUUGAAGAUGCGCCGGCCAGCAUCAGCCUCGAGCAACGGCGAUCACUGGUCUUGUUCAUGACAACUCUCCUCAAGCAUGGUUUUGAUGAUUUCAGUGAAGCUGGCUUCACACCAUCAGAUAUCUGGGCAUUGUCGAUUGUCAAACCGCGGCGGUACUUGGCAUACGAGAACCAGUUUGCAGAAGAGCUCCGACGACAGCAGAAAGACUUUGUUCCAGAAGCAGUUACCGGACUUGCCAUUAACCCCGACUACAACACCAACCGGGACCUGUUCGAGUUCAUGAUAUCCUGGAUGCGCAAGUCUCUGCGAGAUGCUGGACCGGCGCUCAGAAAGAUCAUCCUUUCGGAACACUCCAAGACGCUCAAGUCGGUGAUGCAGCGAAUCAAGGGGGACUUGCGAACGAUGGCGCAAGAUGCAUCGGAACAUCAUGAUUAUGUGGUUUUCAUCCGAGACAUCAUCCCCCUCAUCAGGGCUCACGGAUCCGAGAUUUGCACAGUUGACGACUUCUUCUACCAAAUCAGCAAGGAGUAUUCACCCUCGGUUCAAGACCCCCACCUUCAGGUGGCUGGUAUGAUGUCUUAUGGGCUUCGGCUGGGCGAGGGUGACACAAGGGUCGUUCACCAGCUCUUCUUCUUCCUCUUCAACAACUUCAAGAUGUCUCUGAUCAAUGACAAGCUGCGAGACGAGGUUGUGCUGCUGCGAAAGGGGAUGGAGAACCCGGGUAUCAUGUCGUUUAUCUUGGGCAAGAUGGUGCCAGCCAUGAUACAUGCCGCGGCUGCUGAGAUUUCAGCCUAUCCGAUGAUUGACGUUUAUGUGGAGGCACUCCGAGUACUGUUGACUCAGAAUGCUCUCCCCCACGUAUUGGCUGAAGCUGACACGCCUCAUCUACUCGUUACGCUGCAGGCUUUUGUCGGUUGUCUGAAUCAACUUGGACAGAACAGCAGGCUACUGGAAGCUGAGAGGGUACACUUGAUUGCACAAUUGCUAUCAAUGUCGAACUACAUCUGGCCGUCCAUUCGAGGCCUAGCUUUAUCGCAGGCAACUUGCGAGUCCUGGGAGGACAUCUCUCUGUUGCUCAAGGAGGCAAGAUCUGGAUUCGUUAGAGCCGAGUCAUACAUAUCAGAGACGAUGGAGCUCGAGGACUACUCGCUCGACUCAGGGCUCCUUCUUUCAGGUUUCCGAAGACCGACAACGAGGGCACCUCAAGUUGAUGAACAUGUCAAGAGUUUCGCCGACAACAUUGUUAACGACGUGCGGAGGAACUGGAUUACAUCGGGACCCAAGAUCACUAUUCAGGCCCCCGGAAAAGGACGAGGGUUCCCUUCAACACAGUCCGGGCAGGGGACACCUGCACCGGUUUGGCAGGACUGGGUGUUGGUGAAGGACUUGUACGAGCGGAAUAGGGAGUCAACCAUGUCUUCCCUCUUUCGUCUUCCUGACGAGGUCAUUUUGACCCCGUUAUUCCAAUCCUUUCCCUGUCGCGAACAACAGAUCCGAUCCCUAGCAACGCUCCUCUAUCCCGAUGCAGCUCCCUGUCGAAACCUCGUCGUCCACGGCGCAACAGCAACAGGCAAAUCCGCCAUCGUAACCCAACUCGUCUCCCAGUUCGUCACACACGUCAACGCCGACGCCGAAUCGGGCGGUCUCCAGGCCGCAGUGGUCAACUCUGUGCAGUGCAUUACAGGACGACACCUGUUUGAGCGCAUCGUAGGGGAGGUGGCUAAGGCGCUCGAAUGGGAGGAUGUGCCGCGGCGGUGCGAGACGCUGGCGCAGUUGACGGUUGAGAUGGUCAAGAUGGUUGGGUAUCCUGAGAGGGAUCCUAGGUGGAGGUUCGUGUUGGUUUUGGAUGCUAUUGAUGGGCAGAGGGAUGCGCCGCCUACACUUCUGCCGGCUCUAGCACGGUUAUCAGAGAUUAUCCCUCGACUUACCUGCGUCUUCAUCGUCACAUCUCCUCCCGCCGGCUUCCUACGAUCACCUACAUCAGCACAUCUCAACUUUCCUCCCUACGUCAAAGACGAAUUCGUCCGCAUCCUCUCCCUUACACCACCAAGUCCCAUCCUCGGGCACUCACAGAAAGAGACGUCAGAUCUCUGGACACGCUUCUGCGCUGCCGUUCACGAUUCCUUGACAAAAUCCGCCUCCCGAACGCUCCCUUCCUUCCGUCAUAGCUGCCAUGCUCUCUGGCCACGGUUCAUAGCGCCGAUCAUGGCUGGAACACACACACCCAAGGAGUUUUCGAAGCUGCUCAUCGCGGGUAGGGUACACUUCCAGGACGAGUCUCUCUUGAACCCAAGCAUUGUCUCGGUUAGGCCAAAGGACAAGCCUGCCGAUGCUAUUGCGACUACGAGACCAUCAGCUUCGGCUACGGAAAUCACAAAUCUCCUCCCUACUACGGCCCGUCUCCUUCUCCUCGCCGCCUACCUCGCCUCUCACAAUGCUACUCGUCACGAUCUUACACUCUUCUCUACAUAUAAUCAUGGGCGAAAGCGACGGCGUGGUGGCAUCGUCGCGAGAGGGCCCUCUCGUACUAAGCACCGCAAAAUUGCACGGAAACUACUCGGUGCCCACGCCUUUGUUUUGGAACGCAUGAUGGCCAUCUUUACGGCUGUGAGGACCGAGUGGGCAGACGGCACAGCGGUGGGUACAGCUGGCCUGGAUUGUGAUGUGGGCAUGGCCAUCUCAACGCUCGCGAGCCUACGAUUACUAACCCGCGUGGGUGGCGCUGGAGAUGUAAUGGAUCGUGGUGGCAAGUGGAGGAUCAAUGUCGCAUGGGAAGUGAUACGAGGCAUAGGGAGGAGUAUAGGAGUCGAGGUGGAAGAGUGGCUGAUAGAUUAA